CUCUCAAAAUCAAAACAGUCUCUCACUGUCACUGAAUUUUUCAUUUUCAUUUUCUUUUUUGUGGCUGCCUUUUGUAUUUUAAGUUCCUAGCAAUCUCCAAAUUCCUCAGGAAAAUUUGAGCAUCCUCAACCGAAAAUCUUCAUCUUCUUCCUGAUUUCUAUCUCAAUGGCGGAAUGCAGAGACACCCACAUCGUCGAAAUCCCCGUUGACGAAGAGCACCAACCACAGAACCUCUCUGCCAUGAACACCCUUUCUGCAAUUCAUCACCACCCAUUAAAGCAAAUCUCUGAAAGUCCAGGCCAUCUUCUCCUCUUCAAGCUCUGGCAACGAGAAGAAGAUCUCUUCGCCCGCCGGAUUGCCAUUAAAGAAACCCGUUUAGACAACAUCAAACGCGAAGUUUUCCAAUUGUGCUGUUUCUUCUUCGCCUUCCAUGGACUCUACCUCACCCUUCUCUUCACAUCUUCAAUCCAAUCUCAUGAUCAGACUUGCCGGAAAUGGUGGGCCCCAUCUUGUGUAUCAAUUUUCACUUCAUUCGUUCUAAUUCUUUCUGUUCAGUUGAAGCUUUUCAGGUAUACGAAGGUGUCCGCGCAAUUGCAAAAGGAGAGAAGUGACAACCGAGCGCUGGUCAGGUGUAUCCAAGAGCUGAGAAUGAAAGGGUCGAGCUUCGAUCUAUCGAAGGAGCCGCAGACUACAAAGAGGAUGAAGAGUUCAAGUGUAGAAAUCAAAUGGAAGCCGCUGAGAUGGUUUUCUCAGAAUCUGGUUUGUUGAUUUGCUGCAUUGGGGAUUGUGGCUCAUCGGAUACAUUGACGACAAUUGACAGUAAUGGAAACACUUGAUGUGAAAAUUUUUACUUAAUGCGGAAUCCAGAAAGCGCUCAACGUUAAGUGUUGUUUGUUAAACAAUGAGAUUGGUGAGUUUGACAGAUUGAGAUGAUAAACAAUGAGAUUGUUUCAAGGAAGCGCUGAAAUCAGCCUCCUGUUGGAAGAAAGAUUCGGGGAAGUGGGUUUCUAUGUUUUUUUAUUUUGAAUGGAUUAUUUAAAUUUGACUUUUACCAGUCGGGCUGCUCUCUCUCUCUCUCUCUCUCUCUCUCUCUCUCUCUCUCUCUCUUCUUGUCAAAGGGAAGGUUUAGCUGAACAAGAGGACAGUGGAAAUUGCUGAAUUUUUUAUAUGAUUAUGUUGUGGUACGCUUUUUUUACUAUUCUUGAGAAAUGGGAUCCUUUUGGAUAUAUCAAAUGACUUAGUUCUUCUCAUUUUGUUCUCAAGCUAUGAUUUGAAAUUACACUGAAUAAUACAUGCUCUGGCUUGUAGGUGAUGGAGGAGGAUUUCUACGCGAUGACAGGAUCGAAGCCAGCUCGGAGGCCAAAGUAGCAAUUGGGGAAGGUGCGGCAAUUGGAUAUCUGUUGUAGAAAACCAACAUGCAUACAGGAAGUGUGCUAGAGUACACUCUUGCUUUUACUAGUGCUGCAUUGGGUAGAUGCUGUAGCAAAUGGAGUGCAGUUCCAAGGACAGGGUUCAUUGACAUUACAACUUCAAAGGACUUCUAUCAUGUUUUUAGUGGCCUUCAAUUUGUAAGUUGCAACCUUGACAGAUCUCUUAAAUUGUGAUAGAAAGGCCUUGUACGAAUAUUUUUCAGCUCUUAUGGAGCCAUGGGAUGGACCUGACUUAUAUCAUGUGAAGUUUGUGCUGGAACUGCUUCAUGCUUUAAUGAUUCUGCAUGUGACAUGAGUAUUUUGAACUUAUAUUUAUUGUAUAAAUGCAGUUAUUGAUUGCCACUAUCUUGGAGUGAGAUUGGAUCAGAAUGGAUUGCGCCCCGGUCGCUUUUACAU